AUGAAUAUUCAAGAAAGUCAACAGAGUUUUACUAAUACACCAUUGGUCAACGAACAUCUUCUCUCUCGAUCAAUUUUCGAUCAACAGAAUAAAGCUGUGACCACAUCAUUUAUUUCUGAAACACACCAUAAUUUUGGAGAAAUGUUAAAUGUGGCUAAUAUAACUGGUAGAAUCAACCAAUUUGUAACUGGAGCAAACCUCAAUUGUCAAAUUAAAAUGAACAAUGAUAGUACAAUAAGUAUCAAUGAUGUACUUCUGUAUCCAUACGCAGUAAUAACGCAUACAUCAUUUUUGUUUGGUGCACAAUGUUCGUGUGGAACAAUGCGCCAGUGCCUUAUAAGACCUAUUGUUUAUACAAAUGGAUCAGACCUGUUUGAUUUCGUGCAAGUUUUUCAAGAUAUAUGUGUAGGUUGUAUACCAUUGCUAGGGUUUUUAGCAUCAGGUAUCAAUUGGUGGUAUGACAGAGAUUAUCUUGAAAAUAUUCAAGCGACAUAUGCAAUUUUAAUUGAUUCUCGACCUCCACCGAUCCUCAAACCACUGAAUCAAUCAGUACCAACUCGAUUCUAUAAUAAAUUUUCAAGCGAUUUGCUCAAUGAAAUGCUCCUAGAGAAUGUCACCAUCAGUGACCAGCACUUUGAUGUGUACUACAGCGAAUGUGCACCAAUAAGCUGUUCAUACACAAUAAACGGCGUACGUAAUAUCACUAGUGCCGUGCUAUUAUUCAUUUCAGUGUGUGGUGGUCUCAAUCAAGGUCUUCGAAUAGUUGUACCAUGGAUUGGAAUGCUUAUUUUCAUUCUCAUUGAAAAAUGGCGUAAUCGCAAAACUGCUCGCGGUAAGCAUACCUUCUUGACAUAG